AUGGUCUCCACCUUCCCAGAAGCAGUCAGCGGUGCACCUAUACGUUGCGUUCCCACUAACAUAAAGCUUCCCGUGCAAGGAGCACCAGGCGGGGGAGGGCCGUGCCGGAUUCGCAUACUCUUUACCAAGCCGCCAUUCAUCCAUUCCCCAAGAAAAGGAGAGACCCCUAUGCUGAAGAUUUCUGCCCACAAAGGAGGCUUCUCCAGAAGGAGGUUGUAUUUAAUAAAGAUGUUCACAAAGAGCACAACAGGGUUUAUCAAUUUCCAGGAAAAUAAAUAUUUCCCAGAUAUUAAAUGUGAAAGUGACUGGGAGAGCAAUUACUUACCUGGUCCCACCCUGAUACAGAACUGUAUAAAAGGCCCAGUCCCACAGUCCCACAUCCCUGCAGCACCCGGAGGCACCGACAGACCCAUUCCCCCCCCCACUGCAGCACCCGGAGGCACCGACAGACCCAUUCCCCCCUGCAGCACCCGGAGGCACCGACAGACCCAUUCCCCCCUGCAGCACCCGGAGGCACCGACAGACCCAUUCCCCCUGCAGCACCCGGAGGCACCGACAGACCCAUUCCCCCUUGCAGCACCCGGAGGCACCGACAGACCCAUUCCCCCCUGCAGCACCCGGAGGCACCGACAGACCCAUUCCCCCCUGCAGCACCCGGAGGCACCGACAGACCCAUUCCCCCCUGCAGCACCCGGAGGCACCGACAGACCCAUUCCCCCCGCAGAAAGGAAGUGGAAAGUGGAGCGUGUGAAUGGAAACUCAAGACAAGGAAUCGUGUCAGCAAGUCCAUCGGCUCUUCUGAAAAUGAUUGACACUUUUGACCGACCACCCGAGGCUUCUGCAGUUGGUCCCUAUGCUGGGGCUGGUACCUAUGCCAACGGAUUCAAAAUUGCACCUGGGAAAUGGAUCCCCAAGGCUGGAGCCUACGCUGGCGCUGGGGUUGGAAAGGCCAGAGCUGCCGUUAGUGUGUUAGAGGCCGAGGCCAAAGGCCCCAAUGCCUCAGCUGGAGCCGAAGUCAGUGCUUUUGGAGCUGGGGCAAUGGCCAAAGCAGAAGUGGGAAGUGUUUCCGCCACUGCCGGCCCUCUCUCUGCAACACUUGGCCUUGGGGUGAAUACUGGGGUGCAGGUGGGUUUGGAUGGGGUUGAGACGAAGAUCUUUGGCACUGGGGUUACACUGGGACCCAGACCAAGCAUUUCUUUUGUUGGGUCUGAAGUUGCAUGUGUUAUUUCAUAAGACCAUCUAUGGUUAUAUUCUGGGUCCAAAAAUGCAGGUUCUUGAUAUAGGCAAUGAACUUUGUGUUGGACUCAAACUUGAUGUGAGGGGUUGGAAUGUGAUAUUAAGGUUUGAUUAAACUUCAUUAGGGGCCAA